AAACUGGCCACUAGAAAGAAUCCGGAAACAGACUGACGCUUUCACCCUUUUUCUCUCUUUAACCACAGAUCCUGUGUUAUCCCUUCAGUUUUGCCGGAGGCUACAAAACAAACGACUCUGUCUGUUGUAGUGGCCAUACUUUGGUUUGAAACUUUAUUGUCCACCGGCAGAAACAACCCUGUGAAAACAGCGAAGCUUCGAUUUUAAUUGGCUUUUUUUUCCUUUGAUAAAUUUCCUCAAAUGGCCUAUCCUGGAUACGGAGCCCCACCAGGAGGAUUCCCAGCAGGAAUGCAGCAAGAUCCUCUUUAUGGAUAUUUCUCUGCAGUGGCUGGACAGGACGGACAGAUCACAGCAGAUGAGCUGCAGGCCUGCCUCACUCAGUCCGGCAUCUCCGGCACAUAUAAACCUUUCAGCCUGGAGACCUGCAGGCUUAUGAUCAACAUGCUGGACAGGGACAUGUCGGGCACCAUGGGCUUCAACGAGUUCAGGGAUCUCUGGCAGGCUCUUAACGGCUGGAAGGGAACCUUUGUGUCCUUCGAUCGCGAUCAAAGUGGAACAAUAGAGGGCCAAGAGCUGCAGCAGGCCAUCAGGACCUUAGGGUACAACCUGAGCCCUCAGGCCAUGAACUGCAUCAUGAUGCGCUACAGUAACCACGGCAAAAUCCCCUUUGAUGAUUUUGUCAGCUGCAGCGUGAAACUGCGGGCUCUGACCGAUCAAUUCCGAAGAAGGGACACAAACCAGAGUGGAGGCGCCUUAUUUCAGUAUGACGAUUUCAUUCAGGUCACUAUGAGCGUAUGAAGAGAGGACGACUGAAGGAUGGGGAUGCAGCAGCUUUUACGGCUUCUGAUUAACUGUAUGCCCUUUUAACAUUUAGAACUGCAUUACAAACUGGAUCUUAAUGACACAUUCCAUUGUUUUUUUUUUAAUUACAAUUAUGUAACUGGUUAUACCACUACACAUACUUGUGUAUGUAUUUACUAAAAACCCUUAACCCUCACAGUUUUAAAGUCUUUAAUUAAUUAGUGUUGGUUUUAAUCCUGACUUGCAUGUAAUGCACCACACUGUAAUAAAUGUAUAAAAGACUAA